AUGUCGGCCACUCCGUUUGGCUCCAUGACGCCCGAUGAGCGGGAAGAGUUCCUCUCUCAGCCGGCGUUGGCAGCUCCCGAUGGCUUCACGUCUCAUCUCACGAACCCGGAGUCGCGGAAUGAUCUCGGCUUGUCGGUUACUAUCGCGUGCACGGUGAUAGCAUGGAUCCUUUUAUUCCUUCGUCUAUAUGCAUUCUUUGUGUAUCGCAAAGAGACACGGAUCCAAGAAGGAUUGGCUCUAGUUGCUGCGGCCACAUUCACGGCUCUGCUCUAUCCAGGUUACCACUUGGCAAAGAUUGGUGCAUUCUAUGUACAUCAAUGGGACAUGGACCGCCAUAAAUUCUCAGAAGUACUGCUAAUGUCGUACAUCAUGACCACAAUGUGGUAUCUCACGAUGCUAUUCGCCAAGUCAGCCAUCAUGCUCGAGUGGCUUCGCGUCUUUUGGCCAGGACACUCGCGCAACUCCAUCUACUGGAUCUGCAAUAUCACUCUGGGUGUGCUAGUUGCUUUCUUCAGCGCUGGAUUCAUCUACUUUCAAGCACGCUGCCAGCCGUUUCACAAGGCGUGGAACCCUUGGCUGGAGGGUACCUGCUCUAACAGGUCCUACAUCGACAAGGUGUCCGUCUUUUUUAAUAUCGCCCUAGAUUUGGUCAUUUUCAUCCUUCCACAGACAAUGGUUUGGAGGCUUCACGCCCCUCUGAAAAGAAGGAUUGGCAAGUCCAUCAUAUUCUCCUUCGCGCUCCUUGGAAUUGGCUGCGGGUCUGGUCGUGCCCAAAACGUCCACACCUUCAAAUAUUCACAGGACGUGGCUUACAGUCUCUCGUCGGGCUAUCUCUGGGCCUUGGGGGAGUGCACGAUCGUUGUGCUUGUGUACUGUGCUCUCCCAAUCUCUCGAAUAUAUACAGAACCAAAGGUGCCUCCUCUCCUAAUGCCGCUAAAUAGGUGGUACAAGGGAAAGUUUGGCGGCAGCCAAGUCCCUGCAAAUGAAGCGGUAUCGAAAAAUACCAAGGGAAAAUACUGGGUUCCUUCGAAACCCUCAAGCCUUUCUCCCGCUCCGAACAACAAUGUGUAUGAAAGAAUGGAUGAUAGUACCCACAGCGAAGUACAUCUAACGGACCUGCCUCCAGUGAGGUAG